UCUGUUUUUAUGUUUUGUUUUUUUUGGCCGCGAGGCAUGUGGGAUCUUAGCUCCCCGACCAGGGAUCAAACCCACCACCCCCUGCAUUGGAACGUAAAGUCUUAACCAUGGGAAGUCCCAUGGCCCAGCUUCUUAAGUGUGCCUUCUGCGGGCAUUGAGGGGAGGCUUCCUCCUCUCUGCUGGAUCAGUUACUAAAACUCUACUCAUUCUCCAUCCAAAACAUGUUGCUGUCCCUCCGCUGUUGUUGUCUUCUCUUCUGUUCCGUUGGUGACUCUGUGAGACACCGCCCCUGCCUUCUAGCACCUUUAGGUACAAAGCCCAAGCUGAGGCCCUGUGCUGCCACAUGACACACUAGUACCUGGUGGGGUGUUCCAUAGGGUGGGUAGCUAAGCCAUCAGCCCUCCCCAGUCCAGUUUGUUUCACUAUGUACUUAUGGAGCACCUACAGGCCAGUGUUGGUGCUAGGGCCCGGGGAGAGAGGAGGGGAAAAGCUAGAGGAGGGUCCUGCCUCGUGGACUCCCCAGAAUCUAGGCAAUGACAGUGAAAGCACAUGAUGCUGUGGGAGAGCAGAGGGGGGAGUAACCUGCCCAGACUAGGGGAGUCUGGAAGAGAUUUUUAGCCAGCCUGAGACUUGAGGGAUGAGUAGGGUCUGGUGAGGAGGAGAUGGUGGAUAGGAGGAGUCCAGGCGAGGAAGCACAUCAUGGACACAGAGAGGAUGGGGCCUCUAGAGAGGAAGGGACAGGCGAAUGUGCUGGACUCUAGCCCACAACGUGGAGGGAGGGCAGAGGUGCCAACAGAGGCAGCCCCUUGGCCGAUGUCCUUGUGCGGGGCCCUGGAAGUGACGUGAGCUGCUGCAGUGCUGGUAAGGCAGGGUCCAUCUUCAGGUGUCUGUGUUGCCUGCUGAGUUGGGGGCAGCCGUCAGCAGGGAGGGCAGGCUGGGAUCUCCCCAUUCCUGAGCGUGGUGCUGCCCUCUGGCCAUGGGCACUGAGGAGCCUGGGUGGUGUGACCUGACACGCCCCUCUCUAGGCCAGAGUAGUCCUCAGACUGUGGCAGUUCCUCGUGGACCUGUCAGGGGUGGUCCAGCCUCCAGGUCCUUCCUGAUCCUGUGUCUGCUCCCAGCCCAAGCUCCCCUCUAGCUGUCUUCACCCCUUGGGACUCCUUCCUGCUUUCAGAGUUUGGGGAAUGAGGCCAUGUUUCCCCUCUUUGCUCCCUUCAGUAGCUUAAAGCUGCCUGUCUUGUUUUCUGGGCCUCCUUUGUUUUCUAUCCUGAAAGCCCCCAUGUGCCUCCAGGGAGCUGGGAGGAGGGGAGAGGGUGGGGGGGCCCUGGCACUAGCUGUACUUCCUGGUUCUGGCUCACGUCGGUAAUGCCUGCAGUGUCCAUCUGGAGGCUGGGUAGCACAGUGCUCUAGGUGUGAGCCUGCUGUUCAGUCCCCCAGUAAACAGAUUGCCCGUCCCCCGCCCUCCUGGCUCCCCAGAGCAUUGGGAUUGGGCUCUGCUGCAGAUCUCACAGUGCUUCCCUCCCUGGGCCUCACCUGCAGAGCCACAACCCCUCUGGCUUCCAGAGCUACAGGAAGAAAGGAUGGGUGGUGACAUACCAGCUCAGGAUCUGGGGAAGCCUCAGUGGUCAGGAAUUCAUGAAAUCUCCAUUCCUGGUUCAGGCUGGCCCUGCUCAAGGGUCAUGCCUGUGCUGUCUGAAGAGCACAGAUCAGAUCAUUCUGUGCCAGGUAGAUGGAGAUGGUUCUUGACUUCAUUGUGGAGGGUGGCCUUUUGUGUUCUUGGGCUCUGUGCCUACCCUGAUGUCCUUUUGCAGGUGUGUGAGUCAGAAGCCCCUGGCUGUGUCUUGAUGCCUGUGGGCCUGUCCUGAUGUCACGGGCACCACUGGGUAUCCUAUGCACUAUUUUGUUAUCUAACCUGCCCUCCAGUUACAACAUCCCACCAGGGGGUUUGUGCAAGCAGAUUGAUAGUUUAUUCCCCCCUGAUGGCCUUGGUUAGCAGGUGACUGAUAUCUCCUCCAGAGACUGUUAACUUGUUGAAAAGUUGCUGUACCGAUGAAAAAUUAGUCCUGAGGAUAAAAUAAAAAUAAGUAUAAUUUACUCUUUGGGCUUGACAGGUAGAAAUUUGAUGGGCUAGGAACCCUAAUAAGGACUGCAGCUAUCAGUUAAACAACAAAGCCACAGAUGAGAGCAAAAACGUAAGCCCAGGCAGCUAAGUUUCUGGAUGUUAGCCGUGCUGUGUGCAUUUUAUAUGCCAGGGCCUUGCUGGAAUGGUUUGACAUGGAUGGAGAUGGGUGGGGUUCAAUAUGGAACGCUCCCCCGUGGUAAUGAGGCACCACUCACUGUGAGCUCACCAAGGGCCAGGAGCCAUGCUAAUAUUUGCACUUUACAAGUAUUAACUCAAUUAAUCUUCACAGAAACGCUGUUUGGUAGAUGCCUAUAUUAACCCCAUUUUAAAGGUAAGAAAAGUGAGGCUCAGAGAGAUUAUAUUACUUACCUCAGGUCACAUAACUAGUAUGUGGUGGGACAGGAACGCUGGGCCUGGAAGAUCCAAUGCCCAUCUCUCACCCACUAUCUGAAGGUGGAUUUGGAAGGGAAGGUGAUACUCUGGAGUGGAAUGUGUAUGCUAACACGGGGCAGAGUGAGUGCGGGGGGUAGGGGGGUGCUGUCAGAGGAGCUUGGUGUGUGUGCACGUCUCACAGCCCUAGUCACACUGUGCGGUUAACCCUGCCAGGCCAGGUCAUGGGCAUCUGCGGGGCACCCGGUACGUGAAAGGCGCUGCAGCAGGUGGGCGCGGGGCAGGUUCCUGCCCUCACGCAGCCAGCUCCCGCGCAGGUGCACAGGUAAGCAGGCGCCUGGAGGUAGGCUGGUGGCGAGGCAGUUUGGAGUACGCUACGGUAGAAGGAGUUCAGUGGUGAGAGACUCCUGAGAACGUAGGUGCUGAGGAAGGGCUUCAUGCAGGGGAACGCAAGUGGUUGGAUGUAGAAUGUAGGGAGAGACCCAAGGCCUGGGAGGGACGUCCCCGUAAGUCACAGACAAAGGCCGAGAAGUAGAGUGGAGAGAGAGAGAGAGAGAGAGAGAGCGUGAUGAGAGAAAGAGAGAGAGAGGGAGAGAAGUUGAGAGAGGAAGCUGGGAAGUUUCGGGCCAGGUUGUGAAAGUUUUUGAAACCCAGAGAGAUGCUGGCUGUGUUGUACUGCAGCAAGGGAGAUGCAGGACAGUGGAACUGUGAUCGGAUCAUUCUGUGCCAGGUAGGUGGGGAGGGGUAAUUGCCGAUAAGGAAACCAGCUUGGGAGCGACUGGGGUGGUCAGGAGUGAGGGGGGCAGGUCUCUGGGAGCCACCGUAGGCUUCUGAGUGGCUGUUCUGGCCCAUCAUUACACAUUCCCCAGAGACUGGGAACCCGCCCACCUUACUCCGAGCCUACGCAGCACCCAGCAUAGCAUAUUGGUUGCUCAGAGGCCCCAUGUAGGAUGGAUUCUGCCUGCAACCCGCCAAGAAAGGGCAGCAGAGAUGUAAGAGAUACUGCCAGUCUCCUCCCCUGGCAGAGCAGAAAUGGGGUCAGCUGUGUUUGGGCUUUGCUGAAAAUAGAAGAGAAGAUACUGGAGAGUUAAAAAUACUUGCACCCUGAAUCUUCUCUGGGUAUCAGCAGGAUUGUCAGAAGCUUGGCUGACAUCCCCCUCUUACCCUGACCCCUAGCCAGAAACUUCUGGGGUCCUGAUCAGCGCCCAGCCCCCCUGGGGCAGCUACGUGUUGGCCCUUAUCGUUAGCACAAAAUAGGCAAGUGAUCAGUAUUAGCUGAAGCAUACGUAUGAUGUGCUAGGAGUUGUACUGGGUGCUGUAGACUCAUCUCUUGGCUGGGUCAUUGUGGUGGCCUCCUGGGUGGUCUCCCCAUUCUACCUGGGCCCCCUCUGCUCAUUCCCAAUAUAGUACUCAGAGUGAUCUGUGAGAAUAUACAUUACACGGUUCUCUGCUCCAGGGUUUCUCGGCCUCAGCACGAUUGGCAUUUGGGGCUGGAUGGUUCUUUGUCGUGGGGGCUGUCCUGUGCACUGUAGGACAUUUAGCAACACCCCUGGCUUCUACCCACUGGGUACCAAUUAAUGACAACCAGACAUUACCAGAUGGCCCCUGGUGAAAAAUUGCCCUCCUGUUAAGAACCACAGCUCUAGUAAAAACUCAGAGUAAAAGCCACAGUCCUUAGCACAAGCUGCAACACCCCAAUUCCUCUCUGAUUUUGUCUCCUACUACUCUUUCCCUUAUUCAGUCCACUUCAGUCACACUGGCCUCCUUGAUGUCCCUCAAACAUGCUGGGGAGGCCCACUCUGCCUCAGGGCCUUUGCACUGGCUGUUCUGCUGGACAGAAUAAUCUCCAACCAGAUAUCUGCACGGCCUCACUCCCUCCUUCAGCUCUGGAGUGCACAGAAAAUCAAGCAGCUGUCACCCUGUGCUCUGUUCCCGGCUCUUGCCAGGCUAUUCUACACCCGGACACCAAUGAGAAGAUCUUCAUGCCCUUUAGAAUGUCAGGUUACAUUCCUUUUGGGACGCCAAUUGUGGUUGGUCUUCUCUUGCCCAAUCAGACAUUGGCAUCCACUGUCUUCUGGCAGUGGCUGAACCAGAGCCACAAUGCUUGUGUCAACUAUGCAAACCGGAACGCUACGAAGCCUUCACCUGCAUCCAAGUUCAUCCAGGGCUACCUGGGAGCUGUCAUCAGUGCCGUCUCCAUCGCUGUGGGCCUUAAUGUCCUGGUUCAGAAAGCCAACAAGUUCACCCCGGCCACCCGCCUCCUCGUCCAGAGAUUUGUGCCGUUCCCCGCCGUAGCCAGCGCCAACAUCUGCAACGUGGUCCUGAUGCGGUACGGCGAGCUGGAGGAGGGGAUUGACGUCCUGGAUGGUGAUGGCAACCUCGUGGGCUCCUCCAAGAUCGCAGCCAGACAUGCCCUGCUGGAGACGGCGCUGACGCGGGUGGUCCUCCCCAUGCCCAUCCUGGUGCUACCCCCGAUCGUCAUGUCCAUGCUGGAGAAGACAGCUCUCCUGCAGGCGCGCCCCCGGCUGCUCCUCCCCGUGCAAAGCCUUGUGUGCCUGGCAGCCUUUGGCCUGGCCCUGCCACUGGCCAUCAGCCUCUUCCCCCAGAUGUCAGAGAUCGAAACGACCCAGUUAGAGCCUGAGAUUGCCCGGGCCACGAGCAGCCGGACAGUGGUGUACAACAAGGGGCUGUAAGCGGUGGCCGGCCGGCCUGGGGGACGGAGCGUUGUCCAGGCCGGGAGCUGGGGGCAGAGAAGGAGUCCCGUGGGCUGCACCUGCAGGGAGAGGCCAGCUGACCCCCCAGUCCUGGGCUACCUGCGGGAUCCCUCCCCCCACAGUGGUAGGGAGACUAAUCUAUUCACACUUUAACAUAAGGGACAGGAAUUCUGACACAUUUACUAUGAAAAAUAAUCAAGUGCAUUUCUGGGCCUUAUGUGGGGUUGUCAGAACUCCACUUAGCACAAUUAUGUGUGAAGCUGAAGAAUUGUAGAGUGUCCACGGGGUAGGAUUAGGAUCCUUUUAUACUUUGGUUUCUUUUUUCUUUUUCUUUUUUAUCAGAAUCAAGCCUUGGUUGCAGCUGCCCGGAUGCAACAGGUGGUGGGCGGAGUAGGCCUGGUGGCCUUGGUGGCCUGGCUGGUAGAUUUAAGAUAUUACUGUGGCCAGGCCCGAUAGCUCCCUGGGCUGUGCUGGGCUGUGCUGGGCUGGACUAGGGAGGGGAGGGGAGCCAGUCUACACUUCACAGGAUGAACCAGCUGUGACUGAGUUCCUCAGGAGGUGGCCCAGGAAGCCAAGGGGCACUGGAGGCCUCUAGAAGAUUCCUUGGGCAGCUGGCUCUGAGUGUGACCAGCCUUUGUGCCACACCUACAGAACCAGUUCCUCUGCAUGAAGCCCAGUGACACACUGAGGCUGGUGUCACCCUCCACGGAGCCCUGAUCCAUUUGAGACCCAGAGAUGACCCCAGCUCCAGGCAGGAAGUCCUAAGAAAGAAUUAUGCUUGGCGGGAACCGUGGCCUGCCCUCUGCCCUCUGCGGGAAGAUCUUCCUUCCAGGCACAGGCUGGAAGCUGGGCGUUGGGACUGAGGGUAGGGCUGGAGCCAGGCUGACUGCUGUCCUUUCCAGCCACCGGGCCACCUGCCCCAGCCCACCAUUUCCUGAGCAGGAGGGUCUCGUGCCUGAGAGUGCAAAGCCCAGAUCUCUAGGCAUCUACCUGAGAGCAUCAACCCAGGAACAGCAGUCCCCAGCUCUGGCACUGAUGGGCUGUGUGACCUUGGACGUGUCCACUACCUUCGCUGAGUCUCCACUCCCUGUCCGGAACCAGAGGACUGGAUUGAGGGGUUCCCACCUGCUCUUCCAGCUGGACUUUGUCUUUGCCUGUCCUGCUCAGAUCCUGGGCAUCCCAGGCAUAUCCCCAGCGUGGACACUGGACUGGGAAUGGGGCAGGCUCCCUUGGAAAUGGCCAGCUGUUGGCCUCAGGACCUGGACCUCGCCCUUCUGUAUGUGAACACACAUUCCUGGAGCACUUGACCUUUGCCAAACACUUUACAGGGAAGAGGCAGCGUGCAUGCCUGGGCCUGAGUGUAGGCCCACAUGCUCAUGCCGCUGCCUCUCACCCUGCAUGGGCCUCCGAGGCCCGUUGCUGCUGGCUCUCAUUUGCAGGCCAGGAGAGGGGAGAGCGCUACAGGAGCUUUGCAGAGGAAGCAGGGCCUGAGGUGGGGGUGAACAAGAUAAGCCCCCUGACCCCCAUCUGAAAGGCCCAAACAAAGAGGAAGCCUGGGCCUCCAUGCAUCCCUCACCUGACCCCAACUUGAAUGGAGCCCUUGAUAUGCAGCCAAAGGGCCUCUGCUUCCCUGGCGACUUCAUCUGGGGAGAGACCUGGCUGGAGAUGAACACAUGCACCUGCAGGAAAAGGCUAUUGCACGACGGCAAGGGCGUGGCCAUGGGUGGCUCUUGCCAUCUUUAGGGCAGGGUAGUUGUGAGGUGCAUUGAUACCAUGCACUCCUCAGAAGCCCCUGCUGCCCUCACCACCCAGGCAGGCCCUGGUGCCCCCCAGCUAGCUCUGCAGGAUGCUUCCCUGAGGGCUCCCCACUCUCCUAAGGAGCAGCCCACCCACUGCCCAUCAGGAAAAGGAGACGGCAGAGACAGGCAUGGAGGACACAAGAGCAGAGGGGGUACCACAGUGUUGGAGGGGCAGGUCGUUUUUAGCUAAUCCUGCCAUAAUGUGAAUGUGCCAAUGACUGGGGGCUGGGCAUGUCUGGGUCCUCUUUUGAAAAGCUCACUUCAAACUCACCUUGCCCCACCUCUCAUAGGGUCUUGUUUUUUUGCACUUAAUACCUUGGGACCAAAACUGCUCACCCCAGCUCUACUCCCACCCCGUCCAGGGGCCUGGCAGAGAUGGGGUCUUUCCAACUCUGCCUCUGUGCUGGUUGCCCCUGCCCAGCCCCACCCCUGCCCAAGCCUUGGGAGCCCUGUGGCCUCGGCAUCUCAUAACCUACUUACUUUGUCUCCUAGAUGCUUUCCGGUCAUGCUCCCAACGCAAUUUCACAUGAGCUAAGGGGGUUUCUCCCGGGGAGUGGGAGGGGUGGGUGGCAAAGAAUCCUCGUAGCUCAGGGUAAUUGUGACAGAGGUUCAGGCGACCAUGCUGCUAAGUCCUGGUCUGGCUGCAAAAAAUACCAUGAGGGGAAGCUUUUGGCCAACAUCCAUCCUCUACUCUGCUGAGGACAGAGGAAGGGAGGCCUCGUGGGCAGAUUGGUUCAUAACUAGGGGUGGUGGGAAGGCUGAGCCAGGAUCCACUGAGGGCUGGGCCUGGCCCAGCUGUGCCAGAAGACAGGGCACACCUGCAGCUGGCUCUCUCUCUAGCCCUGUGUACCCUCCUCUGGUCACUUCAAACAUUCCCUCAGGCUUGGGGAUGCCCUUCUCCUAUUCCAGAGAGCGAUCUUAGAGCACAGGAACUAAAAGCCCAAGAUGUCAAGAUAACCAACAGACCCCUUUUCCAAUUCCAGACUGUGAGCCAGCUGGUCUCCUGUCCUGGGCCUCUAGCCUGGGAGCAGGGUGACGUCCUGAGAGGACAAGGGCAGUGGACGGAAGCAAGGUGGUUUUCUAGCCCUGGGCCAGUGUGAGUGAGACACCAGCACACACGCCUUGGCCACUCCCAGGGGACUUUGCAGUGUCUUUUUAACCUUCUCAGAAAAUUUCUCAAUCUCUGUGAUUUAUGUAGUACUAAUGAGCUGUGGGCAAUAAAUGAUGGAUUUAAAGCA